UAUUACGGCAGCAGCAAAGUCAUGGCUUUCAAUGGAAAAUAUGUGGUAGAGAGUCAACAAAACUAUGAUGAGUUUAUGAAGGCUAUUGGUAUUCCUGCUGAUGUUAUUGAAAGAGGGAGAGAUUUCAAGUUUACCACAGAAGUUGUUCAGAACGGCAAUGACUUCACUUGGUCCCAGAUAUACCCAGGUCACACUAAGACCAACAAAUUCACUGUAGGUCAAGAGUCAGAAAUGGAGACUGUGAGUGGCAAAAAAUUUAAAGCAAUUGUUCACUUGGAAGGUGGAAAACUAGUUGUGGACUUUGGAAAAUAUCAUCACACCUCAGAAAUUGCUAAUGAUAAACUGGUAGAGACAUCAGUGGCUGGAGGUAUCACCUUCAUAAGAACCAGCAAAAAGGUGGCAUAAAACGCAAGAGCCUUCACUUUUAUAUUGUAAUAAAUAAAUAGGUUUACAAAAUGUUUUUGAUAAUCGCACUCUGUUAACAUUUAUUUC